ACCCCGCGCCGGCGCCGGGCCGCGCCCGGAGUCGCCAGCGAGCCUGCGGCGCCCAGAGCCCCGGGCCAUGCGGCCGCCGCCACCGCCGCUGCUGCUGCUGCUGCUGCUCGGCGGCUGCGGCGCUGCAGCGCCCCCGGCAGACUCUCUUUCCCAGCUGCCUGCUCCCCAAAACCCGAAGAUUCGCCUCUACAACGCUGAGCAGCUUCUGAGCUGGGAGCCGGUGCCCCCUGGCAAUGGCACGGGGCCGGUGGUCUACCACGUGCAGUUUAAAUAUACCACUAGUCAGUGGUCCGACGUCAAUAAUAACCCCGAAGGGGUGAACUGUGUGAAAAUCACCACGACGGAGUGCAACUUUACCAAAACCAACAUCUCAAAGGGUUUCCCAAUGCAUUUCAACGUCUCUUUACGUGUCCAAGCUGAGCUAGAAGGACGCGUUUCUGCCUGGGUGACGGUACCUUGGUUCCAGCACUUUCGGAAUGUUACCGUCGGGCCUCCAGAAAACAUUUGGGUGACCCCAGGAGAAGGCUCCCUUAUCAUCAAGUUGUCCCCUCCCUUUGACAUCUAUGAUUCCACGGUCGCUUUUCAGUAUUACGUCCAUUACUGGGAAAAGGAAAAGGCAGGAAUCCAAAAGGUUGCAGGGCCUUUCAUGACCAACUCCAUUGUGCUGAGUGAUUUAAAACCCUUAACGGUAUACUGUUUACAAGUCAAGGCACAACUACUUUGGACAAUGCUAAACAUCUCUAGACCCGGGCAUUUAAGCAACAUAUCUUGCUACGAAACGAUGGCAGAUGCCUCCACCAAGCUUCAGCAAGUGAUUCUCAUCGCCAUUGGAACCUUUCUGUUGCUGUCGGUGAUGGCAGGGGCCUGUCUCUUCCUGGUCCUGAAAUACAGAGGCCUGGUUAAAUACUGGUUUCAGUCUCCGCCAAGCAUCCCAGUACAAAUAGAAGAGUAUUUAAAGGACCCGGCUCAGCCUAUCUUAGACGCCUUGGACAAGGACAGCUCCCCAACGGAAGAUGCCUGGGACUCUGUGUCUGUCGUUGUGUUUCCAGAGAAGGAGUAAGAAGAUGUUCUCCAAAGCACUUUGAAGCAAAGCAUUGGCCUGCUCCACCGGCCUGCAGGAAGAGGAGUGAGCUCCUGAAGCUGCUGAUGUCCCUGUCAGGACUUUACGGAGCCCACUACUCCAUGUCACUGUCCCAGAAAGGCCGGUGGCGCCUGGGGAGAAGCAGUGGGUCUCAUCGGGGAGACAAGCUUAUUUGUUUUUCUUUAAGAAUUUUCUCAAUCAUACACGUCGCUAGGAUGAUUCUACAGAGAUCUCUCAGAAUAAUUAAGAUUUCUCUUAAACACUAAACAAGCAUGUAAUUAUUUGUUAGCAAAAUGGCUCUGGCACACCUGUGAUAUUUUGUUCAUUGUCGGUUGGGCCAGGCAGUCCGGAGACCGAGUCCUCUUCUUGACUCUGACGAGUGAGCUGUGGACCCUCGGGCAGGUCACCUAAUCUGUCCCAGCCUGUCCCAGCAAGGGACACUGAGCACCCUCCCACAUCCAGUCUCCCAGCUUAAAACGUGAUGAAUCCUGUACAUAUUUUCCUUGUAAUUUAAGUGUUUUUUUUCAAGCUAGAAAUAAAAGACUAUGUAAUUGACUUUU